UUCUCAUUCAGAAAAUAAAUAAAUAAAAUUGAUUGGACAACUUGAAUCAACCAAACAAAUGUGUGGUUGAUACUUGAUAUGAUGAAUCAUUUGAGUGAUUCAAAUGAUCUCAUGGCUUUUGUAUAAAGUCCAGCAAGUUGCAACUUUUUUCUCUUUUCUCUAUCGCUGAACUCUCGGCCUGAAUUGAUAGCCUCUUUUGGAGUCAUGGGGAAGUCUGGACCAUAUUGGGCUUAGAAUUUGGGCAGGAAGAUCUACAAGGCUCAGUCCAGGUUGAAGAAAAGUUGGGCUGAAGUUUUAAUGGACUGGGACACCCGUUUAAAUUAAUUUUUAUAUAAAAUGAUAUAUUUUCUUUUCAAUUUUCUGUAUUCAAUGAAAUUUAUACGAAUUGGUAGCAAGUGAAAUUGUAAAAAUACAAAAAUAAGUGGAUUUAGAAAAGUUAGUUUUUCUUCAAGCCUUUUAUUGAAAACCUUCGGGAACUGAAUUGGAUGGGCCUUGGAAUCAGGUCGAGUAGGCCCAAUCAAAACCAACCCAGUCCAGUGGAUUUUUUUUUUUCCUGGGUUAGUGUUUCAAUCUCUGCAUCAUCAUACUGCUGCUGCUACAGUGUACUCAUCGCGUACACGUGUCCAACCCAUUUGACACAGAGAUGACGGUGAGAUCAUUAUCACCGUCAGUUGCACACCCUCCGUCGUUUGGAAUAUCGCGAAAUUCUAGAAUAUCCGCCGUUACAUUGAUUCGAUCGUCAUCAUCAGCAUCGUCGACCAUGGAGGAACAGCAGCCAAAGCGAGUGGUGGUUUGCGGCGGCGGAGUUAUUGGGGUUUGCACUGCUUACUUCCUAGCUAAAAAGGGCGCCGCCGUGACUCUUAUCGAGAAAUCCUCUGUGGCCUGUGCCGCCUCUGGCAAAGCCGGCGGCUUCCUCGCUUUCGACUGGUGCGACGGUGGGGCUGUCUCGAAACUCGCCAGGGCUAGCUUCAAUCUCCAUCGUUCACUCGCUCAGGAACUCGAUGGCCCUAGAUCCUACGGCUACAGACCUCUCGACACAAUCAGCCUCUCCAUCAACGAAGAACAGCGCCACUCCGCUGGUUCGACGCCCUCUAGCAACCCUGCCGUUCCUUCUUGGGUGGAUAGACCUUGCCGGAACCCUAGAACGAUCGGAACUACGGCAACCACGGCCCAAGUGCAUCCCCAGCUCUUUACCCGGACUCUGCUUUCGGCGGCGGUGGAUAAGCAUGGUGUGGAGGUGGUGAUUGGGAAAGUGGAGAGUGUGGAAGUAGAAGGAGGCCGAGUUGUGUCGGUGGCGCUACAAGGAGGCAGAGUGGUUGGGGCGGAGGCGGUGGUUUUGACUCUAGGCCCGUGGUCUUCAAGGUUGCCACUACUGUCAUCCCUGUUCAGAGUGUCUGGUCUCAAGGCUCAUAGCAUUGUUUUGGAACCUAAGGAGCCUGAUGCCAUAACCCCUCAUGCCCUCUUCCUUAGUUACUAUCCCUCCCAUGGAGGAGAACCCAUGGACCCAGAAGUGUAUCCUCGUCCUACAGGGGAGGUAUACAUUUGCGGAAUGUCAGCGGAUGCUGAGGUGCCGGAUGACCCCGAAUCGAUAGUGGCAGACCCAGAAUCGAUAAGGACCCUAAAGAGGGUGGCCGGAAAUGUGUCAAGCCAUUUGGUGGAAGGAGAAGCGAGAGUGAAAGCAGAGCAAGCCUGCUUCUUGCCCUGUACUGAUGAUGGUGUACCCAUAAUAGGGGAGGUUCCUGGUGUCAAGGGCUGUUUUGUGGCGACUGGCCACAGUUGCUGGGGGAUUCUGAAUGGUCCCGCCACUGGGGCUGCCGUGGCUGAGCUUGUGCUUGAUGGUUGCGCUUCUAUUGUUGAUCUCACCGUGUUUAGUCCAUCCAGAUUUGUUGGUGGCAGGAGGAGAUGAACGUAAAUGUACUGAAAUCUUUUCCCAAAUAAAUAAUCUGACUCUCUACGUGAGGAGCAAUGAAUGGAUUGAAUUGAUCAA